AUGAAUAAUCACAACAAAAAUAUCCUUUUUAAAUCAGUAUCACUCUCAGCUGCAGCCAAUCAGAAUGUGCAAACAGGUAUCUUAAGCAGUAGAGAAGUUCCUCAAUCGGAAUUGGUAAAUUCAAAUUUAAACGAUUUACAGAAAUUAAUAAUUAAUUUAAGAAACAAAGAAAAAGCUAUAACGUCAAAAGGAUGUAUCCAAAGAGCCCUUGAAACAUUUAAUAAUCUUCCCCUUGAUCAGAAAUUUGGUACAGGUUCUUUAGAACUUAACUCAUUCAGAUCCCAAAUUAAAACAGCUGAUAAGAAAAUUAAAUGUCUUCAGGCUAAUACUCCUAUUGGCCCAACAUCAACAAAAGCAAAAGAAAUUCGUCAAGAAAUUAGAGACACCCGAUCAGCAACCAUCUCAAACCACGAACGUCCUGAUUUCUACCUGUCAUUACACAGUGAAGCUACUGGAAUUGCCCUCUCGAACCCUAGUAAUCCACGUGUAUCAACAAGAACAAAAGUCAAUCUCACUCAUAGUGAACUAUCAGAUGCAAAUGAGAUAUGCGAAGAAAUCAUUAAUAAACUAGUAUCCACAAACACCCCACUACUGGACGCAAUUAGUAGAGCCAUCUAUUCAGUUGCCACAGCAGUAAUCAACAUCAAAUGUGCUGAUGAGUCAAUUGAACACUUAGUUGGUGGUUGUACUGGUAUGAAUAAACACGGUAGAAUAAGACGUCAUGAUGCAGCAGUAACCAAGAUUAAUGUCUGUGUACCUUUUGAUGGUAAUAUUGAAUUUAAACAAGCUGAAAAAUUAAACAAGUAUCACUACCUACAAUCAUAUUUCCAGAAUCAAUAUAAGUACAAGGAUAGUGAGAUUGGUCAUAAUAAGUCAUAUAAUGUUGAACUUGUUCCCAUAGUUGUUGGUGCAUUUGGCAGGAUCAUAACGGAAGAAGUAUCUUAUACAUUAAAUCCAAAUACAAGAGAUGCAACAUCCAUUCCAAUAAUGAAGUUUUUUUUUUCUAAAGACUGCAUUAAUACACUUCCGUUACCAGUAGCCGAAAAGAAAUUCUUGAAAGUAAAAAUACCCUAG